AUGAGCUCAUGGUGGGAUCUCUUUUGCUCGGCUGAGAAGAAAGACCAGCCCGAGGAACGUCCUACCACAUCGCGGUGGCUGGGACCAUCCCGUGCCAUACAGUUCGACAACGGCCACUGGGUCCACAUCCCUGACCAAGUUCUUCAAGAACAUCCCCAGUUCCUAGAGAUAUGGAACAGCCGACAAACCCUUCAAAUUUCCGGCAUACCACACCAUGUAGCACAUAUCAUUGUGCACUUCUUAUUCACCAAACAGUACCAGAACUUGAAAUUCCAUCGACCUUCCGAGGCUGAGCGCAAUGCAAAAGAUUUUGCGACGGCGGUCUAUGUCCACGGUGUCUCCUUGAGAUAUAGGCUUAUAGGUCUCCGCCAACUUGCAGCUGAGAGGAUCGAGCUCUAUGGAGACAAGAUGGCUCUUAUUGACAUCGUCAAGAAGUUGCCGAAGCCUCCGUUCGAGCGCAUGGCUAUUACUGGAGCCCUCUACAACUAUGUCUGUCAUCGAAUGAAUGUGGAAGGCGUUACCAUGUCUCUAGAAGGAAUGGACGAGCUUCAGAAUGCCAUAGGUGGUACCAUGUCCGGGAUUCUCUGCCAGAAGAUUGCUAGUCUCGAGGCUGAGAACAAAAGACUUCAGGAAGCCCGGGACGCAAGUAGACUUGGAGGGUUGUUUACGAUUGGAUGGUGGUAG